AUGUUAGUGACCAACAAGAGCCACCACAACAGCAACAACAGCAACAAGAACAGGAGCAGUAGUUGCCACUGCAAUUGGUCCCGACUGAAGCUCAGCCUGCUGCUCAUUAGCUGCCUGCUCUAUGAUGGCCAGGUUGAAGCCUUGGCGCCCAGCUCAACGGUAUCGUCCGCCCUGUUAACGGGCCAACAACUGGCGCCGUGGCAAACCACAGCCGCCUUUGCCACCCAGACGGCAGCUGCCACAGCGGCGCCCGCAGCGCGUAAUCUGUAUGCGCCGUAUCAGACCUUUACCCAGCAGGAUGAUGUCAGCUUUAAGGAUGUGCGCCAGCGCAACGAUGGCAGCCUGGUGCAAUCCUUUGGUUCCUAUCGCACGGCGCGUCAAUCGACGGCUGGUGCCGCACAGCGUCGCUCCGAUGUUGAGAUCAUUCCGGCGCCCAGCGUGGAGCUGCCCCAAAGCGAGCUGAUAACCAUACCCAAGCAGCUAGUGCCCACGUUGCCGGAGAAUGUAACGCGUCAGGGACGCAAACGUAACUAUAUGUACAUACCGCUGCAGCCGGAGGCGGAUACAAGCGCUGCCGCAUCCCUGCUCCAGCUGCGACCCAGUCGCAAUGCCACGCUGUCCGCGCUGGGGCCACCAGCCGAAGGCAUUGCCGCAGUGGCACAUGAAUUUGGCGCCGAGCUGGCAGACCAGGCAGAGCAGCAAGCCCCACCGGAACGCACCGAGCGCAGCGAUCUGGUAGCUGCGGCCAGCUCCACGGACAAGCUGGAGUAUGCGGAGCCGGAGCAUACCAGCCGGCGGGUGGGCUUUCAGUUUCCCAGCUACAGUCUGAAGCCGUCCAAUCCGUUCUACCCGCAGGGCUAUCGCGAGGACAGCCCCAUCUUCGAGGAGAACAUCGGGGGCGGCGGCUACGAUCCGCAGCCCUACAGCGAGGAUGCCGCGCCCACACAAUACGAGACGCACGAGACGCGCCACACGCGUCAAUUGUACUUCGACUCGGAUGUCUCGCCGUCCAGCUUUGAGUUUCCUGGUUUGGUGGCCAACUCCAAGCCGCACACACUGAAUGCAGCUGUGGCGGCGGGCAAACAUUAUCGCGAUGAUGUCACCAAAUUUGGCGAUAUCAAUGGACCCAUCACCGCAGUGCCGGGGCGUUUGCAGCGCGGCCUUUACUUUGGCGAUACGGAAUUCCGCACCGGACCCAGUCCCAUGCGUCAGUUUGGGCCGCAGAAGGCGUUCAAUGAGUAUGUGGCACCCGGUGACUAUCAGAGUUCACGCAAGAGUCGUUAUUUCCCAUACAAAUCUUCACGCAGUCCCAGAGUUGUGUUCCCCAGCAAUGACAAUGUCGGCACCACCGGGCCAAGCGGCUCCAGCGCACCAUCCGGUACGGGAGUCUACUUUAGCGACAAUAUUGCUUUCAGAGAUCAAAACUUUGGCAUUAACGAACUGGCUGCCGUUCAGGAUGUGCGCAACGAUUUUAGUCUACAAGAUUUGGAUAGCGCAGCUGAGGCCACCAGCAGCCCCCAAUCGGCUAGCACAUUCAAGGAGAAAGUCGACACCACAACGGACAUGGAGUGCCAGCAUCGCGGCGGUACUUGCGAGUUCUUUUUAGGCUGCUGGAUAUCCGGCGGCCUCAUACAGGGCACCUGCAAUGGAUUGCUGCGCGGCUGUUGCCAUCGCACGGCCAAAUCGGCCAAUUUGCGCAGCUCGGACUAUGUGGGCAAUACGGUCGAUCUGACCGAUCUACCGCAAAAGAACUUUGGACCGGUCAACAACGAACCCAGUUGCGGCAUUUCGCUGGCUAAGCAGACCGCACAGCGUCGCAUUGUGGGCGGCGAUGAUGCCGGUUUUGGCUCCUUUCCCUGGCAAGCCUACAUACGCAUCGGCUCCUCGAGAUGCGGCGGCUCGCUGAUCUCGCGUCGUCAUGUGGUCACUGCCGGUCAUUGUGUGGCACGUGCCACGCCCCGUCAGGUGCACGUCACGCUGGGCGAUUAUGUCAUCAACUCUGCCGUUGAACCGCUGCCAGCCUACACUUUUGGCGUGCGCCGCAUCGAUGUGCAUCCAUAUUUUAAGUUUACGCCGCAAGCGGAUCGCUUUGAUGUCUCCGUCCUGACGCUGGAGCGCACCGUGCACUUCAUGCCGCAUAUAGCGCCCAUCUGCCUGCCCGAGAAGAACGAGGACUUUUUGGGCAAGUUUGGCUGGGCUGCCGGCUGGGGCGCCCUGAAUCCCGGCUCUCGACUGCGUCCGAAGACGCUUCAAGCGGUUGAUGUGCCUGUGAUUGAGAAUCGCAUCUGCGAGCGCUGGCAUCGCCAGAACGGCAUCAAUGUGGUCAUCUAUCAGGAGAUGCUCUGUGCCGGCUAUCGCAAUGGAGGGAAGGACUCGUGCCAGGGCGACUCGGGCGGUCCUCUCAUGCACGAGAAAAAUGGCCGCUGGUAUUUGAUAGGUGUCGUUUCGGCGGGCUACUCCUGCGCCUCGCGUGGUCAGCCGGGCAUUUAUCAUCGUCUGGCCUAUACGGUGGACUGGAUAUCCUAUGUGGUUGGCCUGACAGCCAACAUUUAA